AUGGCCGCCAGCCGCUUACCGCCGGGCGCGCUCACCCUGAAGCAGUUCCUGAGGCGACAGCAGGUUCUGCAGUUGUACAGGAAGAUCCUGCGGGCUAUUUGCGACGUCCCUGCUGAAGCAGAUCGCCACUACUUAAAGGAUUGGGCCAGGGAGGAAUUCAGAAGAAAUAAAGACGCAACAGAAGAGGAUGCAAUCAGGAUGAUGAUUACUCAAGGCAACAUGCAACUUCAGGAACUUCAAAGAACACUGAAGCUGGCAAAAUCCUGAUCUUAAUUUUGUUGACAGCUGGACUUUCAUCUGCUGUGAACAAACACAGUAUUUCUUCCGGAAUGUGGUUGUAAUAGCAGCCUUUGCUGACAACCUGGUAAUGUUUGAAGGUGGAGCCUACUGCAUUGGGUUUUUUGUUUUUUCCCCUUCCUCUUCUUGGUUUGGUUACCCUCCCAUGUGGAAAUCACUCAGACACAAAGGACUUUUUAAAGAACUGAAUGGAUCAUGUAGCCUGUGCUGUGGGAAAAGCAAAAAGCACCAUAAAUGACAACAGCAGCAUUAUGCCAGGGAAAUGGAAAAUAAAUGUAAGCCAGGUUAUUGUGUCUUGUUUUCUAUUGUGGCAACUCUUAAGUGGUAACACUCAUAGUGCUAAGAGCUCUUUCUCUACUGUGCAGAGGAUUUUUACCAACAUUUGGGGUUAAAAAAGC